AUGCCCUCCCUGACCUUGGCCGACCCGGACAUGAUCCUGCCCUCCGAUGGCAGCGAGCGCGAAUCCCAGACCCCGUCCCCUCCUUCUCAACUGCUCUAUCUGUCCAAUCUCAACGCCCACUCCAACUCCGCCGAUCUGAACGCUUGCGCCACCGGCCGGGGCCCAAAAAACUAUUCGCGCCAUAAUUGGACCUAUGAGGAUAUGAAUGCAAGUCGUCGGUUGUCCGAUAUUGGCGAGGAAUUGUCGCCCGCCCGAUCGGAUCGCUUCGACGAUGGAGCGUUACCGCCAGAACUCCAGCAGCAAAAGCCCCUACCGCAGCCGCCGAUGUCGCCGCUAGGGUCCAAAAAUUCACCACGACUCAAGCAAUUGGCCGAGGCGGAGCGACAAUACUCGAGCAGUCUGGGAAGACGAGGCAGCUCCGGUUCGACGGUCAGCGCGAGGAGUGGGCGCACCUCACGAGAGGCGCACUCCCCGCACACGAUGCCGGAGAUUUCUCCGAAUUCGAGUCUGGGGGAACCGAGACAGUCGAACGAGAGUGUCGUCCAGGGCCCAAACGGGACGAGGUUACCCGAGAACAUUAUCGCCGCUUCGACAGUCAAUGGGAAAGGCCCUGGGGAGGAUCUCUCGUCGGUGAUCCUGAGCAGUGAGGCGGAGAGGAUUCUCGAAAAUGCGAAAAGGCGUCUGACGCUGAUGGAAGGAAACCUGAAUCGCGCCCGCUCGACGGUGCGUCAGACGCCUUCAUCUUCGCCAUUGGGACUGCACCCCGGGGGAUUGUAUCGAUCGAUCUCCAAAGCAGACCGCAAAAUCUCAGCCUUACGACGGCAGUCCACGGUGUCAUCCCAGGAUGCCUCGGCCAACCGACACUCACGCGUCCAAAGCGAAACCACUUUCCCUGCCGAGUCGAAUCUGUCGAGCGACGCAAAGCCCCCGUCCCGAUCAGUCUCAGCGAUGGAGUCAAGCAGCCCGGCCAACUUCAACGACGAACGUUCAUUUCAGUACGCGCCUACGAGAUCAUACCUCACGCACCGUGCAUCGAUUUCCUCGAUCCGUCCUCCUCACUUGCUCGGUACUCUGUCGUCUUCAUCCGUGACUUCCUCCUCCCCGGUAUCAGUGGCAUCGCCGGUGCUGCAAUCGCCCGUGAUUCACGAAGACGUUUCCUCGGCUUCCUCCCCUAAGGGUCUCGGUAUCACCACACAAGGUGCGGAGUCUCCAUCGAGUGGAGAAAGCUACAGCCCCGUGCUUUCUUCCAAGAACGUCCUGCCGAGCCGGUCACAGUCCCAGCUGCAAGUUCGGGAUCUUCAGUACCAGAUGAAGGGUCUUCACAUUAAGAUUUCAUCCCUCAAGGUACGCAAUCAGGAGGAAAACCUGCGGCGUCGCAGCCUACAAAGCUUGCGAACGCCCAGUCCCCUCACUGCCGCAGAUCCAUUCCUGCAGAAUGCCCUGGAGGCUCGCGACGGCCGGAGCAGUCAAGGGUCGAACCCUCGACGUGGUGGGAGCUCGGAGAAUGUGCGAGGAGUCCAGACACGCUCAUCUCGCGAAGAGAUCGCCCCGGCUCGCACCGGGACUCUUCACCCGGAACAGAGAUCCAGUUCCUUCGCUCAGCAGAGCCCGGCUCUGUCGCAAGACCCCGGUAAAUCAUGGCAAGGCACCAGGGACGAGGACGAGCAGACCGGGCGCCAGUCCUCUGCUGAAACCAUGUAUGAGGAUGCCGAAGAAGGUGAUUAUUUCGACGACGGGGAGAUUGAUCGAGAAGCGUUGGAUGAGAUCUUACGGGAGCCACUUGAUCCGGAUCUCGCCACGCCUCAUGAGGAACGUGAAGACGCUUUUGACUAUGAGCACUUUAUUCUCCACAGCGCUCUGGGCAACUUCUCGCAGCAGCUCCGUCGCACCAGCGUCAGUUCCCACGGCUCCAUCGAGACCACACGACCGGCGCAGUCGGCACAAUCGGUGCGACAUUCCCGCAAUGACAGCUCUCUCUCAGUCUCCACGGUGGCUACCUUUGCGACCGCCACGGAAGGCGAAUACCCCGAAGACGAGGACGACCUCUUGUAUUGGGACCGCAAAUUUAAUCAAGAGCUCCGUCAACGCCAUCAGGCACACCCCCCCGGGGCGCUCCAUGGGACUACUCGCUCCGCCACCCUCCGGGCUGGCCCCAAUAGCAGCCAUCCUCAGCGGUCUCAAACUCCUCAAGCUGCGAACCGGAAUGCAGACUCUACGGCCCGAUCAUCCGCUGCAGGAUCAACCACCCCUACCGCUUUGGUCUCUUCUCUCGUCUCGAGCAUGCGCGCCGUAUCCAGUCCCCGAUCGGGGACUGUCGCUGCUGGAUCCAGUGAAAGCACCAACGAUGAUACUCAGAUUCUAGAGCGAGUUUUUGCCAGUCUUGGCAAGGUCUGUACAGACCUUCAAGCCAUCACCGAUUCGGAGAACCCCGACCUGCAAGCUGCCCGUGUUCUUCGACGUCGUUUAGAUGCGGCCCGAAGGGUCUUGGAUGGUGAGCUUGAUGCUUGA